AUACUAAGCAGUUGAUAGUCCUUUGAAUAGUUUCCAGACACGUGAACGGCAUAUUUUAGGUUUGUGAAAGUUGAAAUUUUAACAUCAAGUGCCUUAUUUUGGAUUACUUUACUACUGAGCCAUCAUGUGUGGCGGUAAGGUGGCAAUCCCGCCUAUUGUCAAAGAAAAAAGGAGAAAUUCCGAGAAAAGGAAGGAGAAAUCUCGUGAUGCCGCUCGCUGUAGACGGAGUAAAGAGUCGGAGAUUUUCUCCGACAUGUCUUCCCAGCUGCCAUUGGCCCCUAACGUAGCCUCCACAUUGGACAAGGCUUCUGUGAUGCGGCUAACAGUUGGAUAUCUCAAAGUCAGAGACAUGAUAAAGGUUCUUUUACCUUCCGGCAUAACUCUUCCUGUAUCUCCAGUGGAUUCUGUCUAUGCUACGGUUUUGAAUGGCUUUCUUUUAGUUCUGUCAGAAGAAGGUGACAUUAUUUAUUUAUCAGAAAAUGUGGAAGAAUUUAUUGGACUCUCACAGGUGGACAUGAUGGGGCAUAGUGUCUAUGAGUUCUCCCAUCCUUGUGAUCAUGAAGAGAUUAAAACAUUUCUUGCUUCAAAAUCCACAGUCAAAGCUGAUCCUGAUAGGCGUGAAACAGAGUCUCUCUUUGUGAGGAUGAAAUCCACACUGAAGUCCAAAGGCAGAUCCAUGAACCUAAAGUCCUCAGCUUAUCAAGUAAUCCACUACAUUGGCCACAAAUUUGACAGCCCAUUUGUUGAUGAUGAUGAUGUCAAAAAGAAUCCAACAUAUUAUUUGGUGUUUAUCGGCAAAACCGUACCACAUCCAGCUCAGAUCGAUGUGCCAUUAGACAGAGAGAUAUUCAUCAGCCGACAUAGUCCAGACAUGAAAUUCACCCACAUAGAUGAAAGGAUAUCUGAAUUUCUUGGAUUUACAAGUUCUGAGCUUCUUGGAAAAUCAGUAUAUAUGUUUCAUCAUGCUUUAGAUGCCUCUGCUCUCGCUGCUGCAUACAAAACACUGUUCUCCAAGGGUCAGUGCGAGACUGGAUACUACCGCUUCCUGUCCAAACAUGGGGGUUACGUGUGGGUGGUGACGCAAGCGACGCUCAUCUAUGACAACGGAACUAAACCAGAAUGUGUCGUCUGUCUUAAUUACGUGCUCAGCAAAGUGGAGAACAAACAUGAAAUAGUUUCUGCGCAGCAGGAAGCAGACACAAGAGAGGAACCCCUGCAGGUGCCAAAGGAUAACGAACUGCUGGAUAAGCCUGCCCUUCCGCUCUCUACUACGAGUUUAAUAUUUGUCUCGAGAGAAGAAAUGAGCAAGGACUUCCUCAACUUUCCAGAUGCUGACAUUCUCUUGUUUCAAGAGAAUUUAAAAGAUUCCAAGCUGCAGUUGGAGCUUGACUUUUUCUCUGACGACCCAUGCAGCAUAGAAAGUGGAAUUUGUGAUGAUCCCUUCAUCUCUUAUAGAGAUGAUUCAUUAUCAUCUCCUAGUUACUGUAGUACAUCAGAAUCUUCAUUCAACAUGCACCCCAGCAACAGCGCUUCUCCCGAUCACUUCCAUACGACGCCCAGCACGCCCGAUUCUGGGAGUCUGUCGGACGUCCCGAGCUUAGAUCCCAUCGAUGAAUUCUCAGACCUCAAGUUCACCAUGCCGUCGGCCACAUCCGACAAAGACUCGGAUUGCUUCGAGAAAUUUGGUAACACCAUCUUAUUGCUCCAGGAGGACUUGGAUUUCAGGGCACCAUUCAUUUCUAUGAACAUGGAUGAUGAUUUUCCGUUAAUCAGCCCUUCUAGUUCUGUGAUGUGGGGACCGCAAGAGCCAACCCCAAAGAAGACCUGUCAAGAAAGGUUACCAGAGUGCAAUUCCCCAUUAAGCUGUUCUCCUAGGCAAAAGUCGUUAACGGACAGUUCAUUAAAAUCCAGCCUCGCCGCCUUGUUGCAAUCGGAUGUCAAAAAGAAUCCAUUGAAUAACAAAUUGCCAGAAAAAUGUGUUACGCAGCGCAAAGAUACCACACAAUCCAAGCGAUGGCUAUCCAUGGACAAUAAUAAAAAUAACUCUCAAAAACAGAAGCAUUUUACUCCAUCUAGGAACUAUAAUGGAUCUAAUGGUCACAUCAUCAUGCUAGAUAACAUACCCAUAAAAAAACAACCUGGAAAAUCUGGUGCAUCCCAAAGGCGGAAUGGCCACACGACUUCGAGCGAUAGGCGUUCCAAUUCACCUCCUUUCGGUUCCCACACGACGACGGUCAAGGUCAACGACAGGUUGAUCAAGGUGCAAGUGUCGGUUUCGGAAUUGUCCACUUCAUCUAUAGAGCACAAACAACCAUUCCCUUCUCCCCCAGACCCUCCCCCAAAGAGGGCGAGUCCAUCUCACCACGGGCCGACGGAGAGUCCCAAACGUCUAAAACUUGACAGUGGACUCAUCUGUUCGGCUCCUCAGGGAAUAGCAUCUGACAGUGUUUUAUUGAAUCUCCUAAUCAGUGGGGAAGAUGCCAGCCGUGGUUACCUCUCUUCGAGCAAUAACCGAUACUCAGACUCAAAGUUUGAGCCUGCAGUUUUAUCUCUGCCAUCGAAUGAUGUUAUGAAAACCCUGGGAAACAGUGACACCUCCAGUUGUACUGAACUUUUGGCAUCGGAGAGUGAACUACUGGACUCUUUCCUGAAAAUCAGCCAGUACGAUGCGGAGGUGAAUGCCCCCAUUCAGUCCUCACACCUGUUGCAGGGCGACGACUUGCUCAGUGCCCUCGACCACCAGCCACUCCUCAGGAAUGUGCCAGCACUCGUGUGACUUGUGUGGUGCUUCCUAGACUCCACAAUUGUGCCUGCCAAGUUGGAAUAAUUCCAUCAUGUGUAAAUUGGUGAAGAUAUAUACAUUAGUUUUGCCGUGACGUGUUAUUCUCUUACGACUGCUGCCACUCGGAUGUGUUGUGUGCGAGAGCUAUUUGUUACAUAAGUAGGAUCAAAAGAUGUUGCUUAGCUUUUUCUUUUCCUCUGCUAGCGGGCCGAACAAGAUUCUCGACAGCCUCCCUUUCGACUCGACGAUUAGCGCCUUAUCGCAUUGUGGGAGAAAUUAGAUCCUUAUCUUCUAGAACACUUCAAUAGAUAGGAUGUAUGAAAUAGCCAGUUACACGAAACAAUUGCAAUGAAUUCUAUGAUAUAAUUAUCAAAAAUUGUUUUGUUUUUUUCAUUGGAAUUUAGGUUUCGCUGUAAUUAUUCCUUUUAAUGUAAACUUCAAAUUGAAAAAGUAGGAAUUUACAAUGCUUGAAAGAUUUCUGGUAAAUUUUAAAGUGUGUUAUCUGUACUAAUUCAACUACAAAUAUUAUAACAAAUUCAUUAAAAACAUAAUUAAUUUAUUUAUUAACACAUUAGAGGGAUAUUUUCAAAAAAAAAAAAAAAAAAUUGAACAUACUUCAUAAAACUGAUUAUAAAUUUAUGUAAUCUUUGAAUUUUCGAAGACUUUCAUAAAAUAGGUAUUGACUCUUUUUUAAAAGGAAAAGUUUUCUAUUUUUCAUCAAAAUGAAAGGCAUUUAAUUUGACCUAGAGGCUGUUGAAGCAGUUUUGUUCGGCAAAGCCAUGUCAUUUUGACCAUAAUUUUCCACUUGUACAUUGGGAAUAUUCUAUGCAUUGUGAAGUCUGAUCACAGUUUUAUAUGUUCUAAAUAAAUGUGUUACCAUGACAUUUGUUUCAUAUUACUUUCCCAUAUUUUACAGGAAUUUUAUAAUUUCUGAUUAAUGUUAGAAAAUUAUUUUUUAGAUGAUGCAAGAUCAUUUGUGUGCUUCAAAUUUGUUCAAAUUGAAAGGAAUGUUAGAUAUAUACGUGAGAUGUAUUUAUUUUUUCUAGACUACAUAUAUAGGAUCUGCAAAAACAAUUAUGCAUUUUAUUUUAGAAUUUGGGAUAUAUUUUAGGAAAAUAACUUGAAAAUUAUUGCUUUAUAUUUUUCUUCUUUCCCCAACAAUUUAUGAACAAAAUGCUUGUGCUUUUUCAUCGAUGGAAAUUCAUGGUAUUUCUCUUUAUUUAAUUUUUUCCUUCAGAGGAAAAAAAAUUGAAACUUUGAUGUGGAUUUUGUUAAGUAAUAAAACAAUGUUGCAUAAUUUUUACUGAUUUUUCCAUUAUCUUUCUGAUGCUUACAUUUUAAUUUAAAGUACUGUAAAAAUUUUCCUUCGAAAAACUUACCAUCAACUAAGUUUUGUCACAGCUUUUCUAUUUGCAGACUCAAAAUGUUACCUCAAACAAAAAUAUGCUAUGAAUUACUCGUCUGUGCCUACAUUGUACAUAGUGCAUGUAUGGUGGAUAUCUUUUUAUGACUCUGUGAAUGAUAUAUGUUGUCUUAUACGUACAUCUAUUACAUAUUAAGCCCUGAAAUAUUUAUUGUGCUGUAAUGUUGUUAUUGUUAUUAUUAAUUACAUUUUAACUAAUACAACUGCAUCAUCUAAAUACACUACAAAUGUGUUGCAGCAAUGUAUUAUGCAUGAGCAUGUUAGUAUUCCUAUUGCUAUUAAAAUUUUCUUGCAUUAUCUUCAAUAUUUUUUUGGGUCGACGAUUUCUUGAUUGUUUUCUAUAAUGUGGAAAAGUGUUUCAUUUUUAUUUAAUAAAUCAAAAUGCAUUUUUGAGGGUGGGAGAGUAAUUUACUUCUUUUUAAAAUAUAAAUCUGAUUAUUGAAAUGCCUUCAAAAAAUCUUAGUCAUUUUUUCAUUUUAUUUCAGAAAAACUAUUUUUUGUUUAACGUUAAAAAUACUUGAAAAUACUCUCUUUAUCUGAUGGUUUGCUCAAUCAUACUUUUUUUUUGUUUGGAAUAUCUUAUCAGAUAAUAUUUUAUUUAUUUAUUAUCAUAUUCUAAUCAUAAUAUUCCGAGUAUGGGAUUAUUUCAUUAUUCUGGGCUCAUGUGUGACCACUUUAAAUAUUUAUUACCAGAAUUUUUGUUGGCAAAAAAAGUAAAAAACUCUUCCCUUUCAAAUUAAAAAAAAAAAUCAAUGCUUUGACGUUUUGAUAGUUGAAUGACUUAAUUUUUAAUAUUGACGAAACAUUGUUAACAGAAAAAUGAAUUCAACAUUGUGAAAUCAUUCAAUGCAACGAUAUAUUUACUAACAUUCAAUCCAACUAUGAAAGUACACACAUAAAAAAACAAAAGAAGGAGAUCUUUUCUUCUUCUGAGAGAUUGAAAAUCUAUUCUGAUUUUGGUUUAAAAAUGCGUAAGAAAACUGCCUGGAAGGAAGAAGUCUUCUAUAAACUCUUACUCAAAAGAUUUAUUCUUUCAUUAGGUUGCAAACUUCUCAACAGUGACUUAAAAUGAAAUUUUCUUUAACAUUGUGCCUUGGACUGUGUUUACAUUUUAUGAUGUUGAAUGUUAAUUUCAACAUGUACAUUUCAUUACUUUCAUGCACUACGAAAAAAGGCAUCAAUCAAACCUUUUUUUAAAAUCAAAUUAUGGUAUAGUUCCUUUCACUUGUGUAUUCUUUUUGUAAUCAAAAUAUUAAAUUGAUCGAUAGCAUCAUGGUAUAUGCAUUCAAACAAAAAUAUUUAUAUAUGUAUCUAAGAAAUGAUGAUGAAAAGCAUAUGAAUUGUCGUUCAUGUUUACAAAAUAAAAUUUAUUAUACUUUUAAAGAUUUGUUGAAAGCUAACAAUUGCUUAUGACGUGAAGACUUUUUAUCAUGCUUGUUACUGAAUAGAGUGUUCCAUAAAAAAAUUUAUAUAUUAUAUGUAUAUAUACACAACGAAAAGAAACCAUCCAUAAUCAAGAUUAUACUACUAAACAUUAUUAAUCUCAUAAAUGCUUGUGAAACCCUCCAAUCUCAUUCCCGCUUUUGGUGCUGCUCUAUUUUUCAUGAACAACUUCUCAUGGCGGCUGACACUCAAAUACAUUUCAGGUAUUCGAGCUAUAAAGGGGGUGACUGGUGACAGACAAGGUAAGUUUUCCAUCUCUUGAAACCUUAGUUGCUUUGUUUUAGUUGUGAACGUAUUAGCUUGCAAUUUUUUUGGAAAGAUGAAUAAUUCAGCCAGACACAACCAGUGAGCGGCUAAGCUCUUCUGUGUUUCCCCAAUUGUGGUCCGACAAAGGUUAUAAAAAAAUAUAGCCGGUUGUAAUAUAAACUUAUUGUUGUGCAGGUACAUCACUAAAAAAACUUUUACCUUUUUUUUGUUUUUUUAAACUUCAGAUUGAUUUUCCCUUGAAACGAGACCAUUUGUUGGAUGAAUUCAAUGAUAUUUUUAAAAAAAAGGUUGAACACGCCCUUAUUUUUGUUUAUUACUACUGGUGGCUCAUUGAUAAAAUUUUUAUAAGUGUGUGGCCUGAAGAAAAAAGGUGUUGAGAACGGCUGCAAUAAAGUAAUUCAGCAACUUACGUCAACUGUUUAGAUGCAAGAACACAUUUGUUAUUUGUUAACAAUUUUUGACUUUCAAAUUUCUACUCCACAUAACCAAAAUCAGUUAUAUUGAAUACAUGAUUAAUUAAUCUUUUUUUUUUCUUGUAAUUACUGCAGUUAAUUAAUUUUAGUAUCCUAUUUUCGGAUGCAACUGUUUUCUGCAAUGCCUGUCGUAUUUGAGCAGUCACCCCCAAUGAAACAAAAGUGCCUCAUUAUUUUUUUAAUUUUUGUGAAAAAAGUAUAUCGAUUUUAAGAAGGAUGCUUGUAUUUUUUUUAUUUUGCCAUAUGUAAAGAAAUAUUUUUAGGUAUCUUAUGGUGAUGUUCUCAGAUUGUUAUUGGAGGAAAAUAUUUCAGUGUAAAUUGCUUUCUGCUUUUGAGUAUCAGUUCAUAUUGUAAGUUAAUCGAAUAUCAAGUACCAAUGUUGUGGUUGUGUCAAAAAAAAAAAAAAAAAGGUUAAAUGAACUUCCAACGCCUUCUGAUUUAUUACUAUACCCUUGAGAAAAACCUUGCCCUAACUAAAACAAUUGUGUAAAACAUCGAUAAUUACCAAAAAAAAAGAAGAAACAAAAGCCAAAUAUUGAUCCACCAAGAAACUGCCAGAUAUUUUGCACAUUUUUUUAAAUAACGUAACUUCAAAGGAAUUUGCCCUUUGAAAACACUUGAUAAAAAUGAUAAAUAAAUAUUUUCCAAUUAUUGAAUUUCUAGAAAAUAUCGAGUUUUAAACCAUGGGGGGAUGCAAACCCAUAUUUUUUAAUAAGCAAGAAAAAAAGUAAUGUUUCCCAAGGUUUUUGUAAUUUAAUGGAUAACUAUUUCCUGUGUGUGUAUACAGGCAAUUAUUUAUAUUUUCUUUUGUAUUCAAUCAGGUAAUUUACAUAUGGCUCUAUUUGAAAUAAUAUUUGUGAUUGAAUAUGAUGUGAACAGGUGUAAAUAUGCAUGCAAAAGGAAUAAGCAUCCUAAAUGUCAUUAAAUUUAGGGUUAUUUAUUGUACUUUUUAUAGUAAAACUUCAAAUUAUGUCAGAUUUUUUAAAUUCAAAUUUUUAAAGUUCUUUUUUAACAGAAAUGAUUUGAUCAAAGAAACAUAUUUGUUUGAAGUACUUUUAGUACUAAAUGAACUGUUAUAUUAUUCAAAUGAAAUUAUGAAACAUCUGCUUAUGUAUUUGAAAUAGGACACCUUUUUUUUUUUCAUCUUACAGCAGAAGUCCAUUCAGUGUUAUUAAGGUCUCUUUAGUAUAAUAUUGUUAGUGACCAAACAUAGCUUUAAAUUAACGAAAAAAAAAAACUUGCAUUAAAUUUACUAUCAGGUAUUUAUUUCACUACAAAAUAAUUUUCUUUACUCAAUCUGAUUCUUCAGACAAGUAUAUUAGGUGUCAAAAUCUACAUACAUUUGGCAGAUGUUUCCUUAUGAAUUUUGUUUUCCAAAAAUAUAUAUAUAUAUAUAUUCCAAAUAAAAUUAAAUCUUGGUUAAUAAUAUGUGAUACUUUUGCAAGUUUUAUGCAUUCAGUUUUCCUUGCUAGUACAAACGAAUGCAAUAAUCUGGCUCUGAUUUUAAUUUGUGAAAAUGAGGUCACUUAACUCAAGUACUAAUUUCUUCUGUGAAUGAAAUAAUUCGUUCAGAAAGUAUACUACAUUUGUAUAAUACUGAAACAGUGACAUGUAAAUAAUGGAAAAUUGUAUCUGUCCUUGCAGUUUUUCUCCCAAAGUGUAGAUAAACUCUAGACACCAUCCUGAUAUGUUGCUCUCGAAGAAAAUGUGUUCAGAUUUUCAACCUACUAUCAGGUACUGAAAUCAUGAUUUCAUAGGAGUAAUAUGUAUGGGAAAACUUAGCAAAUAAAAUAUAAGGAAAAAUUUCCUGCUGUAGCUGUUUUUAACAAACAGAUUGGCAGAGCACAAUAUAAACCAAUAAUCAUGAACGUAAUCAUUUGUGUUGAUUCAUAAAUUAAAAUGACAAUAAGUCUGCAUUUUAUAUGUAUGCUUUGAAAUAGAUGUUUUCUUUAACUAGGUGUUCCUUGUAAUUGGUGUUUUAUAAAAAUUUUAGAUACUUAACAAUUUAGCUGUUUGUAUUUGGUAUGAAAAAAUUUUCAGUGUAAAUUUAUCUUACAGUGUGUAGAAAUAUUACCUUGGGAGCUUAAAUCAUACUUUUAUUUUCCAAUGUAUUUAUGUUAUAACUCUUACUUUGUAGGCUUCAAGGUAUAGUUUUCUACAUUUCUGUGUUAAUGUGCAAAUUUUGCCAACAUAUUAUGUGACUGCCAUGUCUUUUGUCUACUUACAAUGGUGCUUGUGUCUGAAAAUAGAAAUUUUUUAAAAAAGCAACUCGUACGAUUCAAACCAACUUCUAAAGUGAGGCAAUGGAAAUGUCUCAUCUGAAUCAUGUGUACAAAUGUCUAAAAACUUUCAACAUGACUGUAAAGUGUAAAAAUUAAUCUUUCCACAAACUUUCAUUUUCACAUUUUUUUUAAGUUGAUUUUGAUUCAGUAAAAAAUGGUUAUUUUAUUUUAGAUUAUCUAUACUCCAUAAAAAUUAAAGCAAAUGAGGAGCAUAAUAGCAAUUAUUAUCGCUUAUUGACUAUCGAAAACUCACUCCCGAAAUGAAAUGAGUUUUUGAUGAAUCAAAAUUGGUAAAUUUCAGGUUUUUCUUUUAGUAAUACUUGCAAGUUGAUAUGUAGUCAAAAAAAUUAAUAAAACAGCUCUAUAUAUAGCUUAACUUUGUUUAAUUUGAAGAUUUUAGCAUCUGAAAGAUAUCAAAGAAUUCUCCAUUGCAAGUACUAUCGCACCUAAUUUACAAUCUUUUUUUACAGGACAUUGUGUGAUAAAGGAGGAAUCUCUUUCACUGUUCAUUAAAGCUAAAUAGUAAAUACAUGAACAAUAAUAACUAAAUAAGAAAUUUCAAAAGAUUUACAUGCCUAAUGAGAAAUAUAGAGGCCAUUAACCAAACUGUUAAAUUUAUAUUUUGCUUGCUAACUAUUUUAUUCAUGAUAUAAAUGUUAGAAACUAGCAGUUAGUGAUAAAAAAAAAGAUAUGUAAUUCAAUAUAGCCAACUAUUAGUAAUAUUUUAAAAGUUGUGUUUAAGUUUCACUGAAGCAUAAUUUUUCAAUUCGGUAUAUAUUUUUAGCAUAAGAGAAAUUAGUUUUUCACGUUUGUGUGCCAAAGGUUAAAGAUAUAUUGUCUCGAGUUUGAUUUCCUUCCCACAACAUUGAAUUUUUAUGCAUAUGAACAUGAUGGAAGAACUCAAAAUUUGACUUUCAUACUUUUAAAAGCCUUUUCCUUUCUUUUUUUAAAACUAUUUUAAGAAAAUUUUAUUUAAAAAAAACAUUAUUUUUUAAAGCUACAUUAUAGCGUGCUAAAAAUUAUCUGUGUACUUACUUUCAUAUAAUUUAAUUCUUAGUUUUUAGAGUGCAUGCAAAAAUGUUUUUUUUUUUUUUUUUUUGAAUAAACAGAUUUCAUGAUUUCAAAUAAAUGCAAAGUAUUACAGAAAUAGAAAAUGAGUGAUUUUUUCCAACUUGUUCAUGUGCACCUCAUCUCCCUUCCCCUUGAGUUCAACUUGAAGUUUUACUUGUGUAUGUGUCAAUGGUCAAUGUUCAGACAUGCAUUUGCCUCAACAUUUUAUUGACAACUUUCACUACUGAAUUUCAUGUGAUUAUCAAACAAGUUGAAUUGAUGUGUCACUUUGUUUAAUUAUGAAUUCAUGAUCAAUAUAAUGUGGACCUGUUUAAGAAGCAUUUACAUUUUGCAUCACAUGUAAGUAGUAUUUUAGUAUAAAAUAAAGAUAUUCUGCU